GUGGCGGGAGUUUACCGCGGGGGAGGAACAACAGCAGCCCGCCCUGCGCCGCUCAGCUGGUGGAGUGGACGAGCCCAAGUAACAUCCGGUGAGGGGGGAGACGCACUGUGCUGCUGGCUCGGAACUUCCCGCCCCCCCUCCUGCCCAGGUGGUUCCGCCUCCCGCCAGCCUUGCUGUUGGAAGCAGACGGGAAGAAGCGAGCUUGUUAGCUGCUCGGGAGCCGGCGCGGUGGUGAUAGCAGCAGCCUGUGAUCGGACGCGGGGAAAAGAGAGCGGCCACCCCCGUGAAGAAACCUCCGUCCUUGGGCUACUGCCGCAAGAGGGGAAAGCGCGACGACAGCCGCAGCAGCAGCCCCAGGCGACGGCCACCACCCUCACCCUCCUGGCGCGGGGUCCCACCGGAGCUGCGACACCUCCAGCCCGCCCUCCUUACUAGGAGGAAAGCAAAGCAAAGCUGCUCCCCUGCCCCGCUGCCGCCCUCGUCGCCGGCCCAGCAAGUUCGCCUUCUCUGCCCGCCGGCGCCGCGGAAAGAAGCCUGGCCUGGGGAGCGGCCGCCGGGUGCUCUCAGGUCGGAGCCCCCCUGCGCUGCAUCCCAAAGGAGGAGGAGGAGAGGAGAAGGAUGAGCGGCCCGGGAGAAGAUGCAGGCGCCAGCCCCCUGCGCAGCCCGGGCUCCCCCGGCUUCGACGAGCCGCCACAAAAAAGACACAGAACUGUAGAAGACUUCAACCAAUUCUGCACCUUUGUGCUAGCCUAUGCAGGCUACAUCCCAUACCCAAAGGAGAAUGAGCCUUGGCUUCUUAAAGGAAACAUGAGCCCCCAGAACAGCACAGGCAGCACUCAAGACAGUGACAGCUGGACUUCAUCCCAAUCCUGUGACUCCCAGGUGUUGUCAGAUGAUGGAGGGAGCAGGAACUCUAAGUGCAAGGGUGCCGGGGACCUGCUCCUGAGCUGUUCCACCAUUUCUAGCAGCUUCUGCGCAAGCCGACCACAGCAAACGAAGAAAAGGAAGCAGUCUGCAAAGAAGCUCAUCUUGGACCGAGAGGUGGAGAAGGUGAUGCCAGUGAGCAUAAAAGACAUCAAGCAGGAAAGAACUGAGCCAAGAGAAGAGGGUCAUGGGAAAGGAGAGGAGCUUGAAUUUUGUGCCCCAGGGGAAGAGCUCCAUUCCAAAUGUCUCCUGGAGCAAUAUGUAAAGGAGCAGAAGGACUGGAUCCAUGGGGUGCAGGCAUCAGAGAAGCCAGAGAAACUGAACAUGUGCAAGGAAGAAAGAAUCAGUCCUGCCUGUUGGAGCACCAUAGAGCAGAACAGUGAGGAAGAGCUCAGUAGAGAUGGCUCUCAACUCAGUACUUCGUGUGGGGAGUUUGCAGCCUCAGGUGCUAAAGCAGAUGAGGAUGACGCCUGGGAUCUGAUCACUUGCUUCUGCUUAAAGCCUUUUGCUGGGAGACCUAUGAUAGAGUGUAAUGAAUGUGCCACGUGGAUCCACCUCUCCUGUGCCAAGAUACGUAAAUCCAAUGUGCCUGACAUCUUCAUCUGCCAACGAUGCCGUGAUGCAAAGCAGGAGAUCCGCCGCUCAAACCGAGCCCGCACUGUGCCACGCAAGCGCUUCUGUGACUGACUUAGGCUUGGGAGGUGGUGGGUUCUCUUUAAACUUGGACUUGAUCCCAGGCUGGCAAGACAAUCAAAAUGCAGUAAUUGUUACCUGGGGAAUGAGUGAGGAUCCUCUACCCUUUCAGCUUUCAGGACAGCAAAAUGUCUUACUUAACUGGGGGGUUCUGCUCUCUUGAAAGGGCCUGCAAGCUGUGCUGUUGAGAUCUCAGGGUGACAUCAGAGCAGCAGAUGCAAAGGUGCCUGGCAGACACAAGUGACUGGUUCUGUGGAUUCCAGUGCACAAUGCACUAAGUCAGCCAGAAGCCUCUCUAUCAUUGUGCAGAUAUGGCUUGGUGCCUUUCCUCAUCAGCCUUACAGGAGUGGCCCAAUUUAGUUUUUCUGUGGUAUGAUAGCUGCUCAGUUAGACUAUGCCUCCCAAUUUCUAGUUGUUUUGCCUAGAUCUGAGCUAUCCUCUGGAAAACGAGUUGAGCUUCUAGAUGGCCUGUUCCAGAAGCUUGCUUUCUCAAAACUAAAGCACAUCUAAAGUGGGCAGGUGUCUUCCUGGGCACACUCUGCUUGAGAGUGAUUUCCUGUAGUUAGAGUGUGUGUCCUUCCUUUGCUCCUAGGAAUGGCAACCUGAGCCAGUUGACAUCAGACUUCACAGCUGAGGUCACUGUUUCUCCUCACUGCAAAGAGCCUGCCCUCUGCACAAAUUGGAUCACACUGUGCUAUUCUCAUUCUAGUCAAACUAGUCACAAGUAGUGGAGAGGAGGCAGAGCUACUAGUCACCUCAUGUAAAUAUUUUGUACACAGAUACUAGAAAACUAGCUGUAUGUACUCCGAGCGCGCGCACACACACACACCCUGCUCCAAUCGUAGACUUCCAGUUGCACUAGUAUCUUCUUUGGAGGGAGUGCAGGAGUUGUGGGAGGAGACCAAAGUUGUGAGUGGUAGAGGUGAUGGUGACUCUGCUGUAGAAGCUGAAGAGUGUGGCAGUAGUAGAGAACUAUAGCCAUGGCAGUGAGCUGUACUGAAGAAGCAGAUUGGGUCCUGCUCUUUGUUUUUAAGCUGCUGUCCCCAUUAAGAAUCUUCCACUGAGGAUGCCAGAGGUGAGGUUUGGUGAAUGCUAAGAGAAAGAGACCUGUAUACUAUGCAAACCACUGCUUCUUGUUCUUGAAAACAUGCCAACAGACCAUGGCUUAUUCUGGAGGGGACUUAGCUGCCUGCAUUCUGCCCAACCCUCUGAGCCUCUCCUAUUUGACCCAUGUGCCUUCUAUAUCACAUCUUGUGUACAUAUAUAUUCUGCCACAUCUUUGGCCAUACUUGUAACUGUUCCUUGUAGAAGGGAUUUGCAGUAGCUUGAGGUGGGUCUUGGCUACUUAAAAAAAAAAGAUGGGGCAGCCUGCCCUCUUAACACAGCAGGAAGGAUUUAGGGAGCUACCCCAUCAAUCAGAUAUUUCUGUCCUCUUAAAGUGUUUACACUUUUAUAGUUCAUAGUCACUUUCUAUUAAAGAUGUAUAGUAGUAUAUUCUGGUCCUUGCCCUGUGCUGAGUGUCUAGAACAAAAUGUAUAGAAUAAAAACUUUUAAUCCUUG